AUGACUUCCCAAGUCUGUGUCGAUCGACUGGGUCGGAGCAGCAGCCUGGGGAAGUUGAGCGGAUUCAAAGACGCCUUGAAGAGGUGCGAGAGUAUCGGCGAACUUCACGGUUCUUUCCUCUCGACGGUGGACACAGAGGGUUCACUCUUUGCAAGGAGCUGCCGAGAGCUGGCUGCUGACAACGAUGAUUUGGUAUUGCGCAUGGUGAAGUUGGGAGAGCUACUGCGAUUGGAGGCCGGGGAAGAGCCUAUCAACGACUCUAUGGCGGCUUCAGCGUUGGCGAAUUUCUGCUACGUCGCGUGCUACUCCUCAGAGCACUCCCGGACACAGUCACUGCCUCUAUCGUUCGUAUAUUUGACAGCACUAAAGCUGAUGAAAACAUACACACCCGGCCUGUUGGGACCACCUUCCGCCGAAGGGGAUGCCCUUCUAGUACUGUUCGAGAGUCUCAUUAGAUUUCACGAUCCCAUCUUGUGGUGGCAUGUCACUCGAGGCGGGACUCAGUCUUGGACUCUGGGAGAAACACAAGAUUGUCUCCGCAGCCUCUUCGCUGCUCCCCUGAGUCGUAGAGGGCAUCCUGAAGUCUGCCAGACUCUCUGGUCGAGGCUCGCUCGAGAGUGGGAUGUUGUCGAUGCGGUUUUUGCUGCUCUCGCCUGGGUGCUGCAGCAUUCUGAUGAGCUCCGCAAGAUUGGAGAUGUUCGAGUGAACGGUAGCGCUGUUUUAUCCCUCGUCUCGACUGGGGAGGUGGACGAUAUCUUACAGCGUGCAGCUAGUUUGAAGGCAUUCACACCCAAAAGUGUAUUACGAGCUCUCCAGCACGCUAUUUGUGGCCAAGACGGUACAUCCCAGAAAGGCGCGCCCUGCCUACUAGUCGGCCCUGACGAUGCCCUGGCUGCUAGUGAUGGCUUCAACUCGGGACAGCUUUGUGUAAGUCGAAGUCACGGUGGUGAUGUAGCUCGUAUUCCCAAGUACUCGUUGACGUACGGUCCCCGUAUACCAGACGCCUUCAGCCAUCUUUGA